UGUUCUUGUGAGCUGCAUUGAAUGUACAUUUCCAAAGCUCUGCAACUCCCACUCUUUCCAUGUCCAUGGCAAUAUCAAGCUAUCCCCCUUCUUCUUCUUCUUCUUCUUCUUCCGCUUCACCAUCUCUGACCUUUCUCUCUCUCCUCUUCUGCCUCAUUUCUUUCCCUUUAGUGCUCUCACAGAAUCACGCUCUGCCUCUGCCAAAGCCCAUCUAUCUCUCUCCUCUUUCUUGAUUCGCCCACGUUCACCAUCGGGCGAGUUUACCUACACUUGUCCACAAAGCUUCAAUCUUUUUGUUCGAGAUUUCGCUUAGUUGCUCUCAAUUGAGAUACCCAUUUGGCCCUUUGGUUGAUUUUCUCCUCUACAACUGCCAAAACCCAAGAAUCCUCUCCCUGUUGGGGUUUUUAGUCUCUGGAUUGGUUGUUCUAGAUGCUUUUUUUGUGAUCUGUUUGUAGACCUUAGGUAGAGAGGUUGCUGUGGUCCAGGGCAAUUUUGUCAAACACCCAGUUCUUUUAGUUGGACCAUUUUCACCACAGGUUCAUGACUAUUCUGAGGCUUGUGAGAUUGAAAAGAACAGGAUUACUUACUACUUACAUGGUGAUUUUUUUCUCUCUCUGAUUGCAAAGCCCUUCUUAUUUGACAAUUGUUGAUUAUAUGCUACCAUUUGGGAGGGCAUAUAUGACAUAUAUCUGUUUAAUUAGGGUCUUUGACCUUUUCCCAGAUGAAACAUUAAUGUGUCCCUGAGGAUUCUAGCUUGUUUUUCUGUAGUACUCAUAUUUGAUUUUUCCGGAGUUGCUAUUAUUGGUAGGGAGGAAAUUAGGGUUGUUCAGCUUGCCAUUGGUGUGUUGGGAUGAUAGUAUGCUUGAAAGUUCUUGUUUUAUGUCUGAGAGUUUGUCUGAUUGUCCAUUUAGACAAGUAAAUCAGAAGGAUGUGGACCCUUUUGCCAUUGCUUUGAAAUCAAGUGCAUUUAUGCUGUUAUUCUGUUAAUUGCUGUUGGUAUUCUCUUCAAGAUGACUGUAAAUGGACGCUGUUUCGUGGAAUGGAAAGAACACUUUGUGUCACAGGAGCGUGGCAACCGUGUGGUCCACUAUUUCCUGAAGGAUUCAGCUGGGGAAUCCAUACUUGCGGUUGUGGGCACUGAGAGGAGCCUUAGACACAUGUUCUAUGUUGUUGCUGAGGAGUUCCUUGAACUUUGUGGAUAUGACAGUUCCAUUCGUGCUGGUUUCAAAUGGAGGUCUAGAAGAGAGGUGGUGGAUUGGCUGACAUCUACGCUGUCAAAGCAGCAUCUUCAGGGAGAUAGAAAUGCAUCGCCCAGUCAUAAUUUGGCACAAGCUCAUGAGGCCAUAGAUAGCAGUAUCAAUCAAGUUGGUGUUCUGCCGACACAAAUAGCAGAUGACAAGGGCCUUCUAAUAGGUAACUCCAAAGUGCACGAUUCAGACAUUGCUUGGUCAGGAGUUGCAUGGACAUGUGGCAAACAACUUAAGCAUUAUCCUUCUUUUUGCAGGAAUGGGAUCAAAAUAGCAGUUCAAUCCUUUGUUUUUGUCAUGGCCAAGGGAGAGAGUCAUUACAUUGCCUAUUUGGAGGAUAUGUAUGAAGACAAGAGGGGACAAAAAAAGGUUAAAGUGAGGUGGUUUCACCAUAAUCAGGAAGUCAAGGAUGUAACUCUUGUACGAAAUCCUGACCCCCAGGAAGUUUUUAUCACUCCUUAUUCUCAAGUCAUUAGUGCAGAGUGUGUUGAUGGUCCCGCUACUGUGUUAACUCGUGAGCAUUAUUUAAAAUGCUUACCUGCUUUUUUCCCUACUUCAAUGAACAAAAUACAUUUUUGCUUUAGGCAAUUUAGAAGCAAUAAAGUGAAGCCCUUUGACUUGAGUAAACUGUGUGGCUACUAUGAUCAACCAAUUCUCUCUUGCUUGCACCAUGAUUCCUUCCAAUAUCCUGAAUCGAAGGGCAACAGUCUUGCAGAAGAUGAGAGUGCCGGUGAUGAUGUAAAGCUGGGAGCUAAGAGGAACCGAAGUGGUUGGGGAUCUCCUCAGUAUUGGACUGGUCACCAUGGAGUUAGGAAGUUAAUUAGAAGUCAGCAAAUGAUGGUUUACAAAACCUUCCAGAAUGUAAAUUAUGCUAGGCCAGAUAGGCGAUUACUUUCCCUGAAGCAGGAUGAUUGUCAACCUUUGUAUUACCCCAUGUACAAGAUUGAUGACAAGAUAGAGUUUCUCUGUCAAGACAGUGGCAUCAGAGGGUGCUGGUUCAGGUGUACAGUUGUGCAGAUAUCCCGGAAACAAAUGAAAGUUCAAUAUGAUGACGUGCAGGAUGAAGAUGGAAGAGGCAAUCUUGAGGAAUGGAUUCCUGCUUUCAAAUUGGCCAUUCCUGAUAAAAUUGGUAUGAGAGAUUCUGGCCGGCCAACCAUCAGGCCAGCCCCAAAUUGUGAGGAACAAGAACUGGCUGUUGCGGUUGGAACUGCAGUUGAUGCGUGGUGGAGUGAUGGGUGGUGGGAGGGGAUUGUUAUUGGAAUUGAUAAUUGUGAUGAGGAUGGUGUGCAAGUCUACUUUCCUGAUGAAGGCUUGCUGAUGAAAAUGUGUAAGAAGGAUCUAAGAAUAUCAAGAGAUUGGUUGGGGGACCGGUGGAUGAAUAUUAAGGCAAAGCCUGAUAUAACCUCUAGUAUAUUAGCAGUUAAUAGUUUUAUAGCUAAACAUGUUGACUCUCUUAGUUUUGCUAAUUCAUGUCAUAAUGUUCCUGUUGGUAUCAAGUCGAAUGAACCAGAUAUGGUUGAAGAGAAACUUGUGUGUUGUGAGGCCUCUGCUGAAGACAUGGAUUGGGCUUUACAAAAAGGUUUUCAAGUUGAUAAUAUUGAGAUACAUGACAGUUCUGGUAAUGAAGUCCACGGUGAUUGUGAUGACAAGGAUAACAACAAUGAUGAUGAUAACAAAGAUGUUAGCAAUGAUGAUAGGGAUAUGGAGGUGUUUGCGACUUCUGGAAACGACUAUAAAGCCGCAGAACCAAUGGAAGUGGCUGUAUAAACAUGUUUUAGAACUCAUGCAUAGAUUUAUGAUGGCGCUGAUUGUAAAGCUCUGCCACCAUUUCAAUGCAUUGUUGUAAUUUGAGUCCACUAGUAUGUUAGAAUGUAAAUAGUCACACGGGUAUGUGGGGGAAGCUAAUUGCUUUUUGGUUUCUUUAGUUACCUUCAUUAAUGUAUAGUGUUGAGGGUAGUGUGGGGUUAACUUCUUAUCUUCCUGUCGAUUGAUUGUAUUAGACAUUGGAUUAA